AUGAGUGAAAUCAAUAAGGCUGACAUAGUCAUCUUAAUAGGUGAUAUGAAUGCCCAAGUUGGUUAUCACAAUAAGGGGUUCGAGGCGACGACGGGCCGGCACGGGUUAGGCAUGUUGACUGAGAAUGGCGAGAUGUUCACCGAACUUUGCACUAAUUUUAAUCUUGUUAUAGGAGAAACACUAUUCAAUCAUAAGCGCGUCCACAAAAUAACUUGGACAUCUCCAGAUCGAAUGACUGAAACCCUGAUUGAUCACAUAGCCAUAAGUCGUAAAUGGCGCGGCUCCCUUAUGGACACGCGGAAUAAACGUGGAGCUGAUAUUGCAAGUGACCAUCAUCUUCUAAUUACGCCAGCCAGACUCAAAGUGGCUGCAGUUAGCGACUCGAAAAAGAAGAUUCAGAAAAUAUUCGACGUAAAGAAACUGAAAGACGAAUCUAUCUGCGCAAGAGAAAUAAAAAAUCAGUUAAAUUUCACUAAGACGAGAUCCGCAAUCGGCACUACAGCACACUUACAGCAAAACCGACAAGCUGAUAAAAAAAAGGCGCUAGAACGGAUAAUCUGGAGUGACAAUUUAGCUAGAAAAGCGCAAGAGGCCGCGGAAACGUACCGCACUCGUGACCUGUAUCAAAUGAAACGGGAACUGACAAACGCAACACUAAAAACCACCAAACCGCUAAAAGAUGAAGAUGGCAAAUUGACAACGGCCAAAGAUAAGCAGACUACCAUCUGGGAGCGUUAUUAUAAAAAAUUGCUCUCAUCAACUUCGUCGGAGGCUAUUCAGCGAUGCGGUUCCCAACGUCACAUACCAAGACGUGACAAUCACACCUCGUGCCCGAAUGAUGCGGAGAUAAUUACUGCUAUCAGAGCAUUAAGGAACAACAAAACUUCUGGGUCGGAUAACAUCAAUUCAGAACUCCUAAAAGCUAAUCCUGUUUCCUCUACUCAAAUAUAUUUGGGCGUCAGAAAAGAUAAAGGACGAACUGAAAGAAGGUGUUAUUACUCUUCUUCCAAAGAAGGGAAAUUUAUCGGAAUGUAA